AGUAAUAUAGUUGACAUGGUAACUCAUAUUGAUACAGUCAGAGAACUAUGGGAGUAUUUGAAUGUGCUGUAUUCUGGGCAAGAUAAUUUGUCACGGAUUUAUGAGCUAUCAUAGGAGUUUUAUCGAUUUGAAAGAAAGGGGCGCUCUAUUACUCAGUGCUUUGCAGACUUUAAGAGAUUGUAUGAGGAGUUGAAUGCUGUUCUCCCUAUUUCAGAUGAUGUUCAACAAAUGCAACGUCAAAGGGAACAAUUGGCUGUAAUGGGAUUCUUAGGAUGUCUUGGUUCUGAAUGUGAAAAUGUUAGGUCUCAAAUUCUUGGAGGAGAGAAUAUAGCAUCACUCACAGAUACAUUUGCUCGAGUUCUUCAAGUAUCUCGUGAGUCCUCUCAAGAUACUACAUCUAUGGUGGGGAGUUCAGCCCUUGUCUCCCAGACUCGAACUGGUAGUGGUAAUAGGAGUGAUGGAGGAACCCGUGGCGGGUAUAGUGGGCGUGGUGUCCAAGGAGGAGGCCGAGGCAUUGGAAUAGGGAGAGGUCAAGGUAAUCAACAUCCUUAUGGACAAUUCCAUAUAUCUACUGAUAAUUCGGGAACUACACGAGUUUGUCAUUACUGUGGCAAACCUGGUCAUAUUCAAAAAUUUUGCUACAAGCUACAUGGGAGACCAGGGCAGCAACACCAGUUUGCUAAUACUGUGUCUAAUAUUGACCCUACUCCACAGUCAUCUGAAGACAAGGUGGUGGUUAUGUCUGGUGAGGAAUAUGCUCGGUACACACGGUCUCAAAUCUCACAGCCUGUUUCUUCCACUGCUACUUUGGCUCAGACAGGAUCUGGCUACGAAGAAGACGAUUGGUAGAGGACGUGAGGAAGGGGGGCUGUAUGUACUUGAAGAUGCUUCUUCAGUUGCUUGCACAAGUGUUGCGUCCCCACAUCAAAUCCAUUGUCGUCUUGGUCAUCCUUCUCUACGUAGUCUUCAAGAGUUAGAUUCUAGUUUUCAAUCUCUUUCUAGUCUAGAGUGCGAGUCAUGCCAACUUGGCAAAUUACAUCGUGUUAGUUAUACACCUCGAGUCAUUAAACGAUCAGCAUC